UUUAAAUUAAUACUUCUUGCUUUUGAACAGUGGGCCACAAUACGAAUUGAAAAAGGAGCCCCAAAGGAGUCAGUUCUUAAAAACUCAGCUUCAGUUGGUAUUAUCCAAAGAGAUGAGUCACCCAUGGAAAAAGGGCUCUCUGGUCUGCGAGGAAGGGACUUUGAGCUGUCUGACGUGUUUUAUUUCUCCAAGAAGGGAUUGGAGGCCAUUGUGGAAGAUGAAGUGACCCAGAGGUUUUCCUCAGAGGAGCUAGUGUCAUGGAAUCUCCUCACAAGAACCAAUAUAAACUUCCAGUACAUUAGUCCGCGGCUCACUGUGGUGUGGGUGCUGGGCGUCAUAGUACGCUACUGCAUCCUACUUCCUCUGAGGGUUACCUUGGCUUUCAUUGGGAUCAGUUUGCUGGUUAUAGGAACUACAUUGGUUGGGCAGCUGGCAGACAGCAGCCUCAAAAACCGGCUCAGUGAGCUGGUUCAUCUGACUUGCUGCCGGAUCUGUGUUCGGGCCCUCUCUGGUACCAUUCAUUACCAUAACAAGCAGUAUAGACCUCAGAAGGGAGGCAUUUGUGUUGCCAACCAUACCUCUCCAAUAGAUGUUUUGAUCUUGGCAACGGAUGGAUGUUAUGCUAUGGUUGGCCAGGUUCAUGGUGGAUUGAUGGGAAUUAUUCAGAGAGCUAUGGUCAAGGCUUGUCCACAUGUCUGGUUUGAACGCUCAGAAAUGAAGGAUCGACACCUGGUUACUCAGAGACUAAAAGAACAUAUUGCUGAUAAGAAAAAGUUACCCAUAUUAAUUUUUCCUGAAGGAACCUGCAUCAAUAAUACUUCAGUCAUGAUGUUUAAAAAGGGAAGCUUUGAAAUUGGAGGAACCAUACAUCCAGUUGCAAUUAAGUAUAACCCUCAGUUUGGUGAUGCAUUUUGGAACAGUAGUAAGUACAACAUGGUGAGCUACCUGCUUCGAAUGAUGACCAGCUGGGCCAUCGUCUGUGACGUGUGGUACAUGCCCCCCAUGACCAGAGAGGAAGGAGAAGAUGCAGUCCAGUUUGCUAAUAGGGUUAAGUCUGCUAUUGCAAUACAAGGAGGAUUGACUGAACUUCCCUGGGAUGGAGGGCUGAAGAGAGCAAAGGUGAAGGACACCUUUAGGGAAGAGCAGCAGAAGAAUUACAGCAAGAUGCUUGUAGGCAAUGGGUCUUUCAACUCAGAGUCGGACUGAUCCCAUCCCAUAGAUAAACUCGGCUCCUCAGAAUUUGCCCUUAGAAAUGGAAUGGUUUUGAGGGGGAGUUUUGUUUGUUUUAUUUUAUUUUUUUUUUAUUGUUAAUCUUUUCUACAGAAUGAUUGUCUCUACCUCUUUGUGCCAGAGGCAGAAUCUACAGGUGCCCUUUCUGACUUUUGUUGUUAUUGCAUUAGCCCCAUGAAGUGUAAGGUAGUUUACUGAGUUAAAACAGAUUCUGUCUUUUGUAAAAUGAUUGUGUCAUUGUUGAUUGAGUGAAAUAUUUGUACAGGAAAACGUGCUUCUAAAGUGUGUUUGGAACUCACUGAUAUGAUAAUUUUCAAAAAAUUCCCCAAACUCUCUUUUCUUAAUUACCUUUCCUGCUCCCUUCGGUCACUCAAAUGGGAUUACAAAUCAGUGUGAGGUUACUGUUAUGGUUGUGUUUUACUGCAAGGUAGAAGACAAAAAUGGAGAACUAUAUUUAAGGAAAAGGACAACUUGAUGGUCAUCUGAUCUGAAAGUCGAAAGGAAAUGUAAAUUAUUUUUUACUGGUGUGUUGGAGGAGAAAUACUAUUUGAUAAGCUUCCCAAAGAAAAGUGAGUCUGAGCUGGCCGGUUAGAGCGCACUGUUAUAUAACACCAGGGUCAAGGUUUAAAUCCCUUUACCAGUCAGCUGCGAAAAAAUAAAUAAGUAAAAUAAGUGAGUCAAAGUUAAUGUGUGUGUGCAUUUAUAUGUAGGCAACCCACGCACCAUUUUAGCCAGCAAUUGGUGACAAGGAGCUUAGUUAGUUUUCCAUUUGUAUGCUAAAGAUCUAUACCUAGUUCUCCUCCCAUCUAUUGAUUUGUUUGUGUUUGCAACCAAACUUAUAGAAGGAGGCUUUAAAAAACAUCACUUUGAAUAUCUUCAGUAUGAAUGAGCAAAUGUUGUAGAACUGCCCCUCACCCUCAACCCCUUAGUGGUUUAUUUCCAAACUUUCCCAGUCUCUUAAACAGAAAUUUAUGUAAUAUAAUGAUCUUUUGGAAACUGAGCCUUAAAUUUUUUAAAGGGGGAAAUAGGUGUUCCUCAACUCACACAGCAUAAGCAAUGUUUGAUAGCAAUAUAAUGCUGUCAUAAGCUCUCAAAAGUAUUGUAUCUCUUCUGGUAACCAUAUACCGAAUGUGAAACUCUUACCAUGAAUAUAAAUAAAUUCUAUAUUUCUAAA